AUGCUGAGGUGGUGGUGGAAUGGAUCCAAAAACUUGCAGCCAAAUGGCCAGAGUCAACCUCGGUGCUCUAAUUUCACAGAAAUCGAGCGAGCAGUACGCGAAGCACGAAGUAGAGGCAGAAGGGAUACUGACUUCAUGAAACUUCAUGCCAGCUACAGCGACCUGGAGCAUUGUGCGCACAACAAGUGUAGGGGCUGCAGAGUUGUUCGUCAAGCUUUACUUCUAUCACAAAUCACUCGCGAGGAGGUUGAGAGGCUCGAGAAAAGAGAUGGCCCUGUCUACGUCAGAUUGUUGGGAGGAGAUUCCUCAGCAGAGAGCAUAUCUCAUCAGCAGCCCACAUUACAAGUCCGUCUCGGAGUAUCGCAUGAAAGUGCCAUAUUGGGAAAUCAAAGCAGCGAUCGUCAAGGAGAUGGCGCCGAUGAUUGUGAAGGCAAUGACUGCCAAGCUUGCAGUAACGAUGGCGGCGAAGAUUGGGACGCAGAGGCUUCCAGGAUGCAUGUUAUCUACGGUAACGCCGUCUUUACUCUCUGCGCCUGUUCCAGCACAAGUUCAAGGGAUCGCUUACUGUGGGAUCGGAAGGCUUGGGCGUACCGCGUUGUGCCUUUUUACUUCGAAGGUCAGUGGCUCGUCAACUAUGACAUGAGUCUCAACGAGGUUAGAGCAACCGCACCGCUGUCGAAACGGGCGUGGACUCUGCAAGAGGAACGACUCUCUCCUAGGUUGGUGUACUACUGCGGUCAGAGAGUCUACUGGUCUUGCCUUGAGAAACAGCACACAGAAACUGCCGCUCGCAGUGCAGCAAAGCACAAUCUCGGCAGCAGGCCUUUUGAACGUGAAGACGGAUUCAAGAAGAUGAGCGAGGCUCAGAUAUUCAUUAACUAUAGCUUUGCUGUGGAGAGGGUUCGCUUACACCAGGAUUGGAAGGAUCUAGUGGAUGCUUAUUGUCCGCGAGCCUGGACGAAACCGACUGACAGACUUCCGGCGAUAUCUGGCUUGGCCGCACUAUAUCUUUCGACUUAUAUCACCCAAGACAACAAAAUUCUGCAACAGGAAUAUCUAGCAGGGCUUUGGCGCGACACCUUUGCAGAAGACCUGGCGUGGUCAGUCCGGACAGGUGCAGAUCCGUGCAACGCUCUGGCUGAAAUCGCCCCGAGCUGGUCUUGGGCAUCCCUCCCUGCCAUGACUCACGUCAGCAUGAAGGAAGACUUCAAACAAAGUAACGACUUUGAAUUGCUUGAAGCUUCAGAGGAGAGGAUGAGAGGUCGGUUGCGACAGGUCAUGAACUGCGAUUCGGAAAACGUCGACUGGUCCGAGAUCACAACAGGGCGUGGCGGUAAGAACAAGUACGACCUUUCAAAGAACAUUGCUCGUCAUGUUCACGCAAGAAACAAAUACAAUGGCCAGAUCGUCAUAUAUGAGCCGAACAAGCAACCUAUCGAAGGGAAAUUGGACUAUCUCCUUCCCUUGAACGCCAACAUCAAUAGCGACAGCCGCGAAAUUCACGUUGCAGCUGGCAUGGAGUGGGAUUUGUAUGGCUUGCAAAUAGGCCAGAAGACGAUGCUGUUAGUCCAGUUCAGCAGGCGGCGGGAACCUGGAACGGACAGUAACACUAGAAGUGAUACCUGGGUGACUGUUUUCCGGCGGGUAGGGAUCUGUCGAAAUGUGCGAGAGGCCUUCUUUGAAGGAGCUGAGUUGGUCGACCUUGAGCUCGAGUGA